GGCAGCACAAGGUCAACCACAGAGAGAGAGAGAGAUUCCUGCCCAGAGGCCAUGGGCCACAUGAGAGAGCAGCCUGCACCACGUGAGUCCAGAGGUUGAAAUUGAUUGGAUGUUUCUUGUCUCAGUUUUAAAUUGCAAGCUCAAGACAUGCCUAAAUUUUUCACACGAAACAGGACAUUACUUCUCUGAUCAGGUGUGUCUCUCUGUGUUUAUGUGUUUCUAAAAACUAUUAUUCAAGAAAUGAAGAAUCCUUGAGGUUUGACCUCAAGAAAGUUUCUAAAACUAUUUACACAACAAGGAACCUUUAUAAAUUGAAGACUUCAGAUUCAUUUCUGUGAUACAUGAAAAGUCAUAAUUAUAUGAUGGGGUUGGUCCGAGAUCGGUGGGCUCAUCACAACAUGGAGAUGAGUGAAUCACACAAUUACAAACUUAAACUUGGAAAUCGUUCUACUUCUGUACCAGGACAAAAGAAAAGAUCCACAUUGAUCACAAACACAUCUGGGGGAAACCCAUCUCCAUUUGUUGUUGCCCGGUCCAUUGCUCUAGCUAUGGGGAUCCGUUUCAUUGUGAUGGUGAUGAUAUGCAGCGCCAUAAUUGUAAACUCAUUAUUCAAUCAAGCAGCUCCGGUUUUUUUGAAUGAAACUUACUGUGGCCCGUGUCCUCAAAACUGGGUAUGUCAUAGAAACAACUGCUACCAAUUUUUUAGUGAGAGAAAAAACUGGCUUCAGAGCCAAGCUUCUUGUAUGUCUCACAAUUCCAGUCUCCUGAAGAUAUAUAGCAAAGAAGAGCAGGAUUUCCUCAAACUGGUGAAGUCCUACCAUUGGAUGGGACUCGUACAAAAUCCAGCAAAUGGAUCCUGGCAGUGGGAAGAUGGCUCCAUUUUCUCUCCCAGUCAACUAACAUUGGUUGAAAUGGAGAAUGGAACCUGUGUGGUUUACGGCUCCAGUUUUAAAGGUUACACAGAAAACUGUUCAACUCCAAACACAUACAUCUGCAUGCAGAGGAUUGUGUGAAUACUUUAUUGUUUAUAAAAUAUAAAGGAUUGAAAAACAAAAACAUCAUUCUCUGAGUGUUUACCAUGAAGAAAACAGCCAGAAGAAAAUUCCACCAAUAUUGAUGUAUUUUUUAUCUGACAUGCCACAAACCAUAAUCAGCUGCAAACAAAGCCUCACAAAGACUUUAUCUUCUAUAAUAUGUUUUGUAUAAUUUUUAAGUUAUUGAGUGAUGAACAAAUUCAUUCUUUAAUUUAAUAAAUUGUCAAUAAUACUGUUGAACUAAAUUUUGAACUAUAAUGUUAUUAUUCACAAAUAUUAAACUAAUAAGGGUCUUAA